AACAUAGAAGAAGAAGAGGCGCCUCCUUCUCUGCUACACAUGCGCAGUCUGCCGUCCUACUCUGGACAGCUGUAGGAGAAAAUGGCAGCACACAUGCUAGGACAACAGGCCCGCAUGUUCAGCACGUCUGUUAUCAGACCAGUUGCUAAACUGAUUAAGCCUCCCAUUCAGGUGUAUGGGGUGGAGGGCCGUUAUGCUACAGCUCUGUUCUCUGCAGCCAGUAAGCAGAACAAACUGGACCAAGUGGAGCAGGAGCUGGGGAAAGUUACUGCUCUGAUCAAGGACCCUAAGAUAUCUGGUAUUGUGUUGAACCCUCAUGUCAAGCGAAGCAUCAAGCAGAAGGCUUUCCAUGAUGCUCUUGGAAAGUCCAAGGUUUCUCCGCUCACCAUCAACCUCAUCAAUGUUCUGGCAGAUAAUGGUCGCCUUAAUCUGACUGCUGACGUUAUCACUGCUUUUGGCAAAAUGAUGAGUGCACACCGUGGAGAGGUGAUCUGCUCUGUCACCACUGCUCAGCCUUUGGAUGAAGCUAGUCUUGCUGAACUGAAAGUAGCCCUAAAAGGCUUUCUUCUGAAGGGCGAAACUAUCAAGCUGGAAACAAAGUCAGAUCCUUCGAUCCUGGGAGGCAUGAUUGUCAGCAUUGGUGACAAAUAUGUGGACAUGUCCACUAAAACAAAGAUCCAGAAGCUGACCCAGCUCAUCAGGGAGACUUAAGUCCCGUGGACUUAAUUUUGCAAACAUAAAUAUUGCUACUUGUCCUAGCACUGCGGUUGCUCCUUAAAUCCAGUGUCUGUGCUUAACUUCAUAUAGAUGUUAAUAAAAACUACAAAAAACAGAAUUACCUUU